UUGAGGCAAGGAUAUAUGGUUGCCUCUAAAUGUAUGGGAUUUUAGAAGCUAAGCAACACAUUGUGUUGCCUCAAAAAGGGGCCUUUAGAGGCAAACAAUAAUUAGCGACGGACUUAUUAGAGGCAUCCACUUUUUUGCUUCAGAAACCCAUUAGAGGCUAAAUCCCCAUUUUUAGAGGCAAUUAUGACUUGCCCCUGUAUCCGAUUUUUCUAGUAGUGUAAGUGCAGUUGGGAAAUCAAGUGUAUGAGUGGGGAGCACAAACUUAGUGGUAGACUUCAGGUCAACCCAAUAGUGACCACCAAUUGGUUGGUGAGGAAGUUGUUGCCAGACAUUGAGGCAAACUUAGAAAUACUUGUGGUCACACUUCAGAGGUAUGCUCAGGAGAGGUUCCGAAUUGAGGUGAAGAAGAGGCUUUUCUAUCAGGUGAAAGCAUAAGGAGAUUAUCCAUGGUAGUUUUAGUGAGUCAUAUGCACUCUUACCUAGGUAUGCAGAGAUGAUUAAGGAGACUAACCCUGGAAGUUAUGCACUGAUCACAUGGCAUAGUGAUUAUGGGGAUGUGCAACCAAGGUUCAAGGCCUGUUUUUUCUCAUUUGCUGCAUAGUUCAGGGGAUUUCUUAAGGGGUGUAGGCCCAUAAUUGGAAUUUAUGGCUCUCACCUAAGUGGGUAUUUCAAGGGGAUUCUUCUGGCUGCUUUGGGGAUUGAUGGAAACAAUGAGAUAUUCCUGCUAGCUUAUGGGGUGGUGGACACUGAAAUUCAAGAGAGAUGGAACCACUUCAUGAGGAACCUAAGGGCAGUGUUUCAGCAAGAAGGCUGCAACAGGGAUGACUGGACCUUCACCAGUGACAGAAUGAGGGGGGUGGAUUUAGCUGUGCAUGAGAACUUCCCAAGGGCCACUAGAACUUCCCAACAUCUUUACAUGAACUGCAAAAAUGAUGGUCGGAGUGGAGAACUUUUCCAUAAGUUGUUCUGGAUAGCUGCAAAUGCCUUCAACCCCUAUGUUUUCAACAAGGCAAUAGAGAAGAUAACUGAAUUUGAUCCAAAUGCAACAAAGUACUUGGUCACAUGUACUGAGCAGUGGUCCAGACAUCAGUUUGACCCAGAAGUUUGUUGUGAUCAUAACACAACUAACUUUGUGGAAUCAUUCAAUGCUCUGACCAAGCCAUACAGGGAUUUACCAGUUUUGACCAUGUUUGAAGCAAUAAGACAAUGGGCCAUGCAGAGAAUUGGGGUCAGAUUUGACAAAGCUGCCAACAUGGAACCUCACCAGUUAACUGAGUAUGCCAGUGAGGAACUUGAGCUCAGAGGUGCAGAGUCCAGGUUUUGCUACUCUACUGCUUGUGGAGGUGGGGAGUAUGAGGUGAGGGAUGGAAAUGUGCACUUCCCAGUGAAGAUUGACACCAGGAAAUGUGGAUGUGGGGUAUGGAAGGUCUCUAGAAUCCCUUGCAAACAUGGUUUGAGGGUGAUUUACAACUAUAGACUUACUUUUUGUGUCUGGCUAUUUCAAGGGUGCUGCCUAUAAACAGACAUAUGCACCCAAUUCCUGACCCCACUCAAUGGCCUGAGUACUGCCUUCCCACCAUUAAUCCCCCUGGGAUCAAGAGGAGUGCUAGAAGACCCCCUAAACAUAGAAAGAGGAAUGCCAUGGAAGCUAAGAAGGGGAAGAGGCAUAGCUCAGUCAAGUGUGGAAAGUGCAAGGAAAUGGGCCACAAUGCAAGGACCUGUAAGAAUGGUGCUGGCAGUUCCAAGGCUCCACCAAAGCAGAGAGCUCCUACAAAGAAGAGGAAGGCAUCAUAUGAUGGUGCAAGUACAUCCAAGGCACCACCCAAGGGGAAAAGGUCAAAGCAAGCAUGAGUCAGUGUGACUAGCUAGAAUGACUUUUUGAUUUGGAUUAAAAUAGAAAACAACGCACAUGUAAAUGGUGCACAUAUUUUUUGUAAAGUAAGCUAAAACAGGAAUGCUUCCCAAAUAUGGGUUUUUUGUGCAUAUGUAUUUAUGCAAAAACAAGUAGUUGCUCUUAGAUUGUUUCACUUCAUGAUUACAAAAAUUAAGAUUACAAACAUC